AUGCUUUUCAUAGCAGUGGUGACUGAAUCUUCUCCUCAUUUAAUAAUUACUAUUACUACUUUUUUCUUCGUUUACUCUUUCAUUCGAACCUCUGUUAUUUUCUCUUAUUUCAUUUUUUCAUUUCUUCAUCUUUUUCUUCUUCUUCUUCUUCUUUUUCUUCUUCUUCUUCUUCUUCUUCUUCUUCUUCUUCUUCGCUUCACUGUUUCAUUGUUUCUUUUUUUCUUCUUCUACUUUCGCGAAUUCACUUUUUCUUUGUUUCUUUUUCUUCUUCUUUCUCUGCUUCGGUGUUUCUUCUUUUCCUUUUUCUUUAUUGGCAUCACAUCAUUGUUUCUUCUUCAUCUUCCACGAUUCACUAUUUUUUUUCUUCCUCUUCUACUUUCUGGACUUCAACUCUUCUUCUUCUUCUUCUUUUUCUUCUUCUUCUUCUUCUCCCUUCGCUUUACUGUUUCUUUGUUUCUUACUUUUUCUUAUUUUUUUUCUUCUUCUUCUUUCUUCGCUUCAAUUUUUCUUUGUUUUUUUUUCAUUUUCUUCUUCUUCUUUCUCGACUUCACAGUUUAUUUAAUUGUCCUUUUACUUCUACCUCAAGCAUUCUUUUUCUUCUUCUUCUUCUUCUUCUUCUUCUUCUUCUUCUUCUUCUUCUUCACUUCCCUUUUUCUUUGUUUCUUCUUUUUCUUCUUUGUUGGUUUCAAAUUUCUGUUUCUUCUUCGCUUUCUUCUUCUUUGUCGACUUUUUACUUUUAUUUCCGAGCUUCUGUUUUUAUUUCUUUAUUUUUUCAUUCUUCUUCUACUUCUUCUUUAUCUUCUUGAUCUUGUUGUUGUUGUUGUUCUUCUUCUUAUUAUUCUUCUUCUUCUUCUUUCUCGACUUCACGUUUUCCUUGUUUCUUUUUUAUCAUUAUUACUUUUUUUAGAGUGUCUAUUUUCCUUCUUUUUCCCUUUUUCUUUUUGUUGUUGUUGCUAUUAUUAUUAUUAUCAUUAUUAUUAA